AUGUUAAAUAAAUUGGAAUAUUUCAGUGCUGUACUUAUAUUAAUAACAUUAAGUACAGCUGUGCCUGUAAAAGAUGAUGAACAUUUUCAAUCAUUAAGGCCUUAUCAACUUGAAUUAAAGCAUAAACGAGAUAUACCCGAUGAUUUACCAUGUGGUUGUAAAUCUAAACACGAUGGCCAUUCUUCAGAAAAUGGGGGAAAUCAUGAUGAAUAUUUAAACUAUAAGUCAAAACUACCAAGAUUUCGACGUUCGUUGGACGAAGCAGAUUUAGUGAAAGAAAAUGAUGAUGUUGUUUUAAUUGAAAGCAUUCGUGAAGACCAGAUAAAAAUAAUAAAUUUGGAAAAAAAAUCUUCUGAAGAAUCGGAAAUGGUAAACGAUAGCGAUGAAACAAUAACGAAAACAAAUGCUAGUAAUAUUUCCAAAGACAAUUCAUCUGAAGAAAAUGAUGCUAAUGCAGAUGCAAGCAAAAACGAAGCAAAUGAUAUAUCUGCGGAGAAUUCGCCUGAAGAAAAAGAAAAAGGUAAAAAAAGUGGUGAUGGAGAGGCAAGAAAGAAAAGAAAAGUAAAUAGUACCUCUGAAGAAAAUUCAUCUGAAGAAAAAGGUAAAAAAGGUGGUGAUGGAGAAGCAAGAAAGAAAAGAAAAGUAAAUAGUACCUCUGAAGAAAAUUCAUCUGAAGAAAAAGGUAAAAAAGGUGGUGAUGGAGAAGCAAGAAAGAAAAGAAAAGUAAAUAGUACCUCUGAAGAAAAUUCAUCUGAAGAAAAAGGUAAAAAAGGUGGUGAUGGAGAAGCAAGAAAGAAAAGAAAAGUAAAUAAGUACCUGAAGAAAAUUCAUCUGAAGAAAAAAGGUAAAAAGGUGUGA